GUUGAUUGCAUCAAGUAAGAAGAAGCACGCUAUGUGCUAAAAAAUUUCGCUUGUAUACAAACAAAUUUGUAAAUAACUAAACAAGUAUUAAUUUUCUACAAUGAGCACAAAUACUUUCGGAAAUGGUCUAGGAUUAGACAAAUAUAGCAGUGAAGAUUUCUUCAAUAUGCUUUUGCGUUAUGGAUUAUUUGCAGGAGCUAUAUUUCAGCUUUUUUGCAUCGGAGCAUCGAUUUUACUACCGCCAACUUGCGAAGAGUCAAUUUGUGCAGAGGCAAAUGAGGAAUGCAAGGUUCACGGCGAAACGGCCAAUAAUAUACGACAACAACAGCGGUUGCACAAAGUACGCAAGCAGGAAAAAAAGAAACGGCGCUGAUUUCAGCUUCUCCAACAUACCUACAUACAUAUAUACAAACAUGCACAAAUAUGCUGUUAAAUAAUAUAAUUAUUUAGAUUAAUAACAUGUCAAUAUGCUUCGAAUUAUUUUAUAUGUAUAUUUAAUUAGAGUAUAGAUUUAUUUGCUGAUUAUAUGCUUGACAUAUUUGCUGAUCAUGCAAAAUAAAAUGCUGCAUUUACCUGUUCAAUACGCUAAUAAUAUUCCAGUAUGUAUUUACACGUGUAAGCUUCUUAUCUGCAUUUGUUAAUAAACUAACCGUACACAGUA